UAAAUAAAUUGAGAUUUACCAGAAAGAUUCUGACUUGUGAGAUCAUUCUAGAAACCUAAAAGAGAUCAGCAGCCGCAGCCGCAGCCGGAGAAACAUGUCGAGCCGCUCGUCUUCUUCUUCUGCCCGCGAAGUAGAACUUCAGAAGGAAGCGAAAAGGCACGAGGUUGCUCUAGAUGAAUUGAGCUGUCUCUCUUCUUCUCGAAGUGUCUACCAGAAAAACGGAAACCUCUUCUUCCUCACCACUGCCAAGAAAGUGAAAAUCGACGCGGAGAAACAACUAGACCACGCUAAAUCUGAACUCGCCAAGAUUCGUUCGCAGACACGAUGAACAAUACAGAGUGGAGUUCUUGCCUCUUGUCUUUUGCUUAUUCUUAUGUACUGCUUCACUUGUAGUUUGUUGAUAUCAAUUUUCAUUAUAGUUGGAAAAGAACUUGAGCAAUCGAUUAUCUUUCGAGUGUUAGUACUUAGUAUAUAUGUCUACUUUGUCUUCAAGCCAUGUAUACGUCAAGUAUUUGUAAUGUAUACUGGCUCAAGCAAUGCCAUAUAUACGUUAAAGUAUUUGCUUGGCUUAGAGUUGGAUGCAGAAAAUGUUUUU